UAUGGCUGUAUAUAUGUCAAAAUGUAAGUUGUAUACUUUAAAUAUAUGGAGCUUGGUGUGUCUGUCAUAGUCAGCAAUGCUGCCGAAAAUGUGUGGAAUUUCCUUAUCAGUAGGAAGCUUCAGUUUUGUAUUAAACAGGUUUUUAAUGCUCUUAAUCUCUAAUCUCUGCUAAAGAGAUGGAAAAGAAAGUGCCUCACUUGGUAAGGGCUGCUGUGUGUAUGGAACGCCAUGGCUUUGCCACAGAAUUACCACCGAUUCUGCCUUCCUCUCACUAGGAGAGCAGCAGACAAAAAUACCGAACUGGAGGACCUUACAACAGUAGAUGGCCAAGAACUCACAACUGAAAGACAAACGGUUACACUCAGGAGUUUCCCUUUUUCUUUUUCUUUUUCUUUUUCUUUUUUGGCUUUUUACAGGUUUAGAUGGUUCUGCUACAUAUUGUGGUAAAGAAAGAAAACCAUUAAGGUAUAGUUCUUUCUAGUUCUUCCUCCUCCGCCUCUCCUCUCUGUCUCUCUGUCUCUGUCUUUGUCUCUCUGUCUGUCUCUGCCUCUCUCUCUCUCUCUCUCUCUCUCUCUCUCUCUCUCUCUCUCUCUCUCUCUCUCUCUCUCUCUCUCUCUCUCUCUCUCUCUCUCUCUCUCCUUUUUUCUUUUUGAUUUUUCAAGACAGGUUUUCUCUGUGUAGCCCUGAGUAUCCUGGAACUGUCUGGAACUCGCUCUGUAGACCAGGCUGGCCUCGAACUCAGAGUGCUGGGGUUAAAGGCAUGCAUCAGUCUCAUUUGGCGAUUACAGGAAAGCUGCAUUGCAGAAAAGCCUCCACAGUGAGGUAUUAAAACCCAGAGGUUUAAGUUGGAGUUUUACAGUAGAAUUCAAAGUUGCAUAUAGAAUUUGAUUAAAACCUCAGAGCCUGCCUCAAUAUCAGAAACAUUGGAAGAUAAACUAGGGUUUUACUGGCAGUUGGGCGCAUCCGAUGUUUCCUGGAAGUUGGGAAAAGCUAAGUUUCAUACAGAAGUCCUUCGUGGGAAGUCACUGUGUAGACAACUCUGCCAACUGUUGCAAAACUGUUUUUUUCUGUGUUGGGGACACGAAGUUUUUACUUAGGUUUUAAGCAAAAAAAAUUUUUCUUUUGACUUUUGACUAUGCAAGCUAACAAGUGGUAGAGGAGCAAAUUCAUAGUUGAUGUUAAGUUCUUUCUCGUUCUAUUCUUUCAUACAGAACAAAGUUCUGCAAGGCACCCAUCUGCUACGCCCGCUCCGCGGUGCGUCCUCCCUUUUGCGGUCCGUGACUGUGACUAGUACUAAUUUGCCCCUGCUUCCAAGUAAGAGAACUCAGACUGCACCUGCUCCCAGGGCCAGCGGGGGUCCUGGGCCUUCCACGCUCGGCUUGAAUUGCUCGUGCACGGACACGACGACCCGCCAGGGGUCACUGUAGCCUCAGAGCUAUUGUGCCCACCAGUGCCUGGCCCCGGCUGGCCUCGCGGAGGGCGUGGGACUGGGACCGCAGAACACUGGGGUCGGAGCAGAACUGCGCCUUGCCUGCCUGAAGCCAACCUUCCGGUCUCCCAGGGAAACGAACGCGGUGACCUCGCGACGGCCGGGCUACUCGGCACAGCGCACGCGUUCUCGCCGGGACCUGCAGGCACCCAGCCAGACUGACCACCUCCGCCCCGCCCUCCGCCCCCGGCUGAGACCCCGCCCUGAAGGGGGGCGCUCGGGUCACCGUCCCGGGGCUAUCCAGCUUCAGAUCCGAGGCUUUUUGCCGACACCCCGGGCCGGGACCCGCUGUACCUGGGCUGCUCCCUCCAGGGCCCCGCCCUGCGCGCCACCAAGAACUUUCCCUGGAGCCUCGGAGGCCUGGCGCCCCGGGUUCUGCCGCGCCGCCCGCAGGUCCUCAGACACCCGGCUUUUCCAGGACGUUCGGGGAAGGAAGCUUGAACUUGGCCAUCUCCGCGGGAUGAGUUCGGGGACCUUCGGACAGAAGCUACAGGCCGCGACAAGCUGACCUCCCCCGGUUGGUUUCCUGGAGCCCUGGUCGGUCCCCGGGCAGUGAGAGUGGCGGAGGGAGUGGCGACCUUCGCCGGUAGCCCUGCGUCCCAGUCCUGGUCACCCUCGACACAAAAGAGAAGCUGAGCGCUCUGGACUCUGCCUUCCCUGUUAGGGGCUGCGGGGCGGGGUCGGCGCUGGAAGUGCGCGCCCGGCGAGGACUCGGGAGCUGCGGCUGGGGAAUCGCUCCAGUGCUAGCGUUGGGCUGGCGCUGCGGAGUACCGAGGGGCAUCAGAGUCCAGGGAAGGUCUGGAGGGCUCGUCCCGCCCUUUUCGUGUCUCGGGUCGGCGGACCUUAGCCAGGUGAUUCUUGUUGUCCUCAGGUCGCCGCCCCAUUCUUCAGAAGAGGAGCUGCUGCCGCAGGAUGCGCGGGGACGCGCCACCCCUGGUUCCCAGUUCUGCGGACGCUUCUCGGGCGACUCCGGGCUCUUGACGCCCCGAGGCGCGCUCGCCCUCCCGCCUUCGCUGUCCGAGCCUCUCGGGGUGCCUUCGGCUCACCAUAGAACCCCAGACCUUACCCUCACCCGGGGGGCCCCACCCAGACCCGCGCCUCUCGCCCUCUACACGGCGCGCACAAUAAAUUAAUGCUUCGCGCUUGAGGGGAGGCGGCGGCGGGCGCCGCGGUCGCUGCUCUCGCCUGACUGGAGACGCUUUCAGCCGACAUGGGCUGUUUCUGCGCCGUUCCGGAAGAAUUUUACUGCGAAGUUUUGCUCCUGGACGAGUCCAAGCUCACCCUCACCACCCAGCACCAGGGCAUCAAGAAGUCAACCAAAGGUUCCGUUGUCCUUGACCAUGUUUUCCGUCACGUAAACCUCGUGGAGAUAGAUUAUUUUGGUCUGCGAUACUGCGACAGAAGCCAUCAGACAUAUUGGCUGGAUCCCGCAAAAACUCUUGCAGAACACAAGGAACUAAUCAACACUGGACCUCCGUAUACUUUGUAUUUUGGUAUUAAAUUCUAUGCUGAAGAUCCAUGUAAGCUCAAAGAAGAGAUAACCAGAUAUCAGUUUUUCUUACAGGUGAAGCAAGAUGCCCUUCAGGGCCGUCUGCCUUGUCCUGUCAAUAUUGCCGCUCAGCUGGGAGCCUAUGCCAUCCAGGCCGAACUGGGAGACCACGACCCAUGUAAGCACACUGCGGGGUACGUGUCGGAGUACCGGUUUGUUCCUGAUCAGAAGGAAGAACUGGAAGAAUCUAUAGAAAGGAUUCACAAGACUCUAAUGGGUCAGGCUCCUUCCGAAGCUGAGCUGAAUUACUUGAGGACUGCGAAAUCCCUGGAGAUGUACGGCGUUGACCUCCAUCCUGUCUAUGGAGAAAAUAAGUCCGAGUAUUUCUUAGGAUUGACUCCAGUGGGUGUUGUCGUCUAUAAGAAUAAAAAGCAAGUGGGGAAGUAUUUCUGGCCUCGGAUUACCAAGGUGCACUUCAAGGAAACCCAGUUUGAACUCAGAGUCUUGGGAAAAGACUGUAAUGAGACCUCGUUCUUUUUUGAAGCUCGGAGCAAAACUGCUUGCAAACACCUCUGGAAAUGCAGUGUGGAGCACCAUACAUUUUUCAGGAUGCCAGAAACAGAGUCAAAUUCACUGUCAAGAAAACUCAGCAAGUUUGGGUCCAUAAGUUAUAAACACCGAUACAGUGGCAGGACAGCUUUGCAAAUGAGCCGAGAUCUUUCCAUCCAACUUCCCCGGCCCAACCAGAACGUGGUGAGAAGUCGAAGCAAGACUUACCCCAAGAGGGUAGCACAGACGCAGCCCGCUGGAUCCAACAGCAUCAAUCGGAUGACUGCAAACUUGGAAAACGGGGAGAAUGAAGGAACCACCAAGAUCAUUGCGCCCUCACCAGUGAAAAGUUUUAAGAAAGCAAAGAAUGAAAACAGUCCUGACCCCCAAAGAAGCAAAUCUCAUGCACCAUGGGAAGAAAACGGACCCCAGAGUGGACUCUACAACUCCCCCAGUGACCGCACUAAGUCACCAAAGUUUCCCUGUACCCGGCAGCGCAACCUCUCCUGUGGCAGCGACAAUGACUCCUCGCAGCCAAUGAGGCGAAGGAAGGCUCACCACAGUGGGGAAGACUCGGAUCUAAAGCAACGGAGGAGGUCACGCUCACGCUGUAACACGAGCAGUGGUAGUGAGUCAGAAAAUUCUAACAGAGAACACCGGAAGAAGAGAAACAGAAUACGACAGGAGAAUGACAUGGUUGAUUCAGCGCCUCAGUGGGAAGCCGUGUUAAGGAGACAGAAGGAGAAAAACCAAGUGGAUCCUAACAACCGGAGAUCCAGGCACAGAUCUCGCUCGAGAAGUCCUGAUAUCCAAGCAAAAGAAGAACUGUGGAAGCAUAUCCAGAAGGAGCUUGUGGACCCAUCCGGGUUGUCAGAGGAGCAGUUGAAAGAGAUCCCAUACACUAAAGUGGAGACUCAGGGUGACCCUGUCCGCAUCAGGCAUUCGCAUUCCCCAAGGAGUUACCGGCAGUACCGCAGAUCCCAGUGCUCAGACGGAGAGCGAUCCGUCCUCUCGGAAGUGAACUCAAAGACAGAUCUUGUACCACCACUUCCAGUCACCCGUUCCUCAGAUGCUCAGGGGUCUGGAGGCUCUACAGUUCAUCAGAGAAGAAACGGGUCUAAAGACAGCCUGAUUGAAGAAAAAUCUCAGCUUUCUACAACCAACCUGGCUGGAAAACAUACAGCAAAAACAAUAAAAACCAUCCAGGCUGCUCGGCUCAAGACAGACGUCACUGGGUGAAGGGGUGUAGGGAAACGUGUGUCACUGGUACUUUUCAAACUGUGAAUUAGAUAAUUACCCACGUAUCUUGGACUCGUGUCCUUAGCACAAGAAAAUUGGCAUCUUUUAAGGAUUUAUGUACAGCAUUCUUGUGCUGUGGGCCUUUGGAAGGACAACCUUAUGAACUCACUGGAUACCACCAUCUCUUUCCUGAAAUUCUGACCAUCCAACUGUGUUUCUCACCUCUCCACCACAGCCAAGACCAGAGGCUUCAGAUGAGCCCCUGGACUCCCAGCUGCCAUCAGACUGUAGUGACUUUUAUUCCCACAACUGUUUGUAAUAUUGUAUUUUGUGACAUUUAAGUCCCAAUGGUUAUUUACAAAUAAUGUAAAAAGCUGUUAAGUGUUGAUUUGAA